GGUGGGAGAUUCGCAUACACGCAUGCGCACAACGAGCGCUUCCGAAGCGCGGGACUUCCAGUGUUCGGAUGAGAGCUGCGUGUUGUCAGCAUUGCCGAGUAACAUGGAGGACGAUUUCAGCCAGUCCCUCACUCCGCCCGUGUCUCCCUUUAUGGACGAGGAGCUCGGAGACUCGUCCCUCGCUCGGCCGCCGUGCUUCUCUUGCGCUUUCGAGAAAGGCAGGGAAGAUGCGCAGACUCUUUCGUCAGACGGCUACGUCGGCCGUGGCGUCCUAAAGAGGUUGCUGCUGAAGUUGGAUCCGGCUCCCGCGGACUUCGAAGUAGACACCGUGGAUUUGUUCGGCUUCUCCUGGGUGACAGAGACGGCGUUGCUGGAGUCCACUCAGCUUCUGUUUGGCUUGUUCAGACAAAAAGUCUUCAGGCUGGAAACUCUGGUUCAGUCGAGCUCACACGAUUUUGGUCAAGCAAGUAGCCUUCAUUAUGAAGCAGAGGAACUGAGGCAGCAGUGUGUGCAGUUUCUCACCUACAUUAAAGUCUUUAUUCACAGGUAUGUGGAGACACUGAACCCACCGGCGGAAGAGUUCUCCUCUCCGUUCUCACAGAUGGAAGCGCACUUUCCGUCGACUUUAGUAGAGCAGCUGUUCAGCGUCACGUUGCUCAUUGGCCGCCUUAAAGAUUUACCGGCAAACGUCCAAAGCGCUUUCACCAUCCAUCACCAGGGAAAGCUUUUCCCCCCAUCAUGGCAUUUACUACACCUUCAUUUGGACGUCCACUGGGCCAUCCUGGAGAUCCUGCACAUUUUGGGACAGAAAAUGACGGGUCAGGUUGUGUAUGCGCAUCAGUUUGUUGAUCUAACAGGGGAAACUCUCACCAACGUCAGCCUGUUUGAAGAUCACCUCAACAACCUGCUGUGUGACCUUAUUACUCUGUCAAUGAACAAGUACACCAAGGUGAGACCAACCGAGGCAUUGAUAAGCCAUCAUUAUCAGUGUUUGUGCACUAAAGAGAUUUGGAUUCUCCUUAUCCACUUUCUGGAGCACAGAAGUAAAACUCUACACACACAGUCGUUUUGGGGCUAUGUGAAUGCACUGCUCCAGUCCAACCUGAAGGGGGUGCCAUCGGGUGCUGCAACACACUGUAAGGAUGUGUCGGGCUUCACAUGGUGGCUGAUCACACACCUCGCUCUGCUUGGAAUGUACAACCAUAACGGAGUGCUUCAAAAUGAGAAACAGCUGGAUGACAACUGGAGUUUUGUGUGUGACCUGCUGAAGUCCAGCUGUGAUGUAAAGGCGGUGGUUCAGGAGGAGCAGAUGCGGAUGUACGCGCAUUGCUGUCUGACUCUCAGUAUGGUGUGGGUACCCAGCCUCAGCGCCAUCAACACACUCUGGGAUUUUUUCAGUAAAAACCUGAAUGGAUCGUUCUCAGUACCCUGGUUAGGUGUGUCUGGAUUGGCCAGCAUUGGCUCCACCCCUCUAGCUCUGUUGGAACAGGCUAAGAGUUGCUGUAGCCCCGCCCCACUGAACUCCACUAAUCACACCAACCUCUACCGCUCCAACAAUUCCUUCCUUAUUUUCCUGCGGAUGCUCGCGCUGCACCUGAAGCAGGAAAAUGGCGCCCCCUGGAGGCAGAUCAAGGGCAGAAUCUACUCUAAGUUCCACGAGCGUCGCAUGGCGGAGCUGUCCGAGAGCGGACUACAUCACUUCUUGCUCCUCUUCCUGGUUCUGUCGCUGUGCGCUGAUCUGGAGGAUGCCACAGGCCGUGCCUUCGAUCUUCUAGCCCUACGGUUGCCUGCGGCAACAGCAGUGAUGUCAUGGCGGGGUCGUCUGGCUCUGCUGCUCGGGUUCGUGGAGCGCGGUGUGGACUUGGGUGGGGUGGCUGCAAGGAUCUCCACCUGCUUCAGCAGCGCAGCACGAGAGUUUUACCUUAAGACUACGCCUGUGCCGAGGAGGGCAGAGCUGUGGCGCUUAAUCUCUGCCUACUUGGAAGGUGUGGGUCAGGUGUGGCAGAGCAGCGCCACCUUGUGUCUGUCUGAGGAGAAGCUGAUUAACGAAGGGUUUGGCCUGCUGCUACCUGCCUGUGGCGCUAAAGAGCUUGACACAGCGCUUGACUUCCUACAGGUGGCACUGACACAGUUACGGAGGGUGCAGCAGUGUUCACAAAGUGUCAGUCCAGCUCUUCCUCUCAGUGUGGUUAAAGAGCGCCACCUUGCGGUUGCGGUCACUCUGUGGACUCACUUCCUGCCGUUCCUGCGCACACUGAGAAUCUCACAAACUCCACCAGAAGAACUAGCGCACGCCGCUGCAGGCUUUACUUUGUUAGCGAUGGAUUUGCCUAACUCCGCCCCUCAUGAUCUUCAGCCCCGCCCACUCCUGGCCAUGAUCCAAUGCUUUGGCUGGGAUGAGAUGCUUCGGCCCCUACUGGUGACACGCUACCUCAACACCCUGCUGCAGAAUGAGGAGCUAGUGCGUAAGAUGAGCUCUUCUGGUGAUUCAGCCCAGGCCCUGUGUGUGAGAGCGUGGAUUCGCUGUAUCCUACUGCAGCAUCAACACAACAACACUGACUCACACAACAGCAGAACAGACAGGACUUUAGAGGUGCAGUUAGCGGAGAUGACCGCACUGAUCCUCAGACUACCAGAAGUGGAGUCACUGCUACAGAGAGCCGGAAUAAACACGAACACUGCUACGCAGGAACCCAAGGCUGCUCUGACCUUGUUUAUAAAGUGUGUAGGUCGUGUGUAUUGCGGGCUGCAGCAGCAGGCUGAGCGCGUCUCUCUGGUGUGUAAAGCGCUGGAGUAUGUAGGCGACAUCAUGAAGUUCAUCAAACCCAACCUGCUGAACAAGAGCACAGAGGGGCUGCACAUCACCUACUGGACACUUGGUUGUAUGGUCAAGCACUGGAGCCCCAUACUGGCCACGUCGAAAGCUCAGUCCCUUCUUCUGCGCAUCAUAGAUGUCUUACUGCUCCCUCAUUCCCUGCUCCAGGAUAAAGCUCCUCCUCCUCAACUACUGCUCUCCGCUAUUCAGGACACAUUGCCACUCUACCUGCAGGGUCUCUCUAUUGCAGUGGGCGUGUCCCAGACACAGGUGUCAUACCUCAAGCAGCAGCUCCGUAACGUCAUCACUCAGUACCUGAGCCGUUUCCUCCCGGCCGCUCCAACCGUUGGUGCAGUGGCCAAUCAUCCGGUGCUGCUGGCUGGCUGUGAGGCCACACCCACACCACGAGGGGCUGCACUCCGGAGGACCAUCCUACAGGCACUCAGGGAAAACUUCCUGCAGUUCAGAGGCCACGCCCCUCCUCCUCGAUUGGCAGCUGUUCUCAUGUUCCUAUUGGAGCUCCUGAGACGUAAUAAUGACACUGACCCCGCCCUCCUCACUGUGCCCCUCGCACAUGUGCUGCGCUGCGUGAUGCUUGUUAACGAACCUCAAGUGAAGAAGCUGAGUACAGAAAGUGUGCAGCUAAUCGUGGAGAGAUGUUCCUCAGCAGCCAGAGAGGAACCGUGCGAGCAGCUUGUCACAGUUCUCAGGACAUUUGUGGAGGAGAAUGAGGGUGUGUAUGAGCUGCAGAUGUACAGCGCCUUGGAGACGGUAGCGGUCCUCAGUCCGUCGGCUGUGUCUGCUCUGAUUCCCGUUCUCUCACAGAGUUUAAGAAACACAGAACAGAAGAGAGGAAUCGGAAAAAACGCAUCUCUCAGAAAUGCCUACAGGACUCUUCUGGCACUUUUAGGAGAUGCUGGUCAGGCUGAAAUGAUCAUUCUUGAAGAAGAUUAACCUGCUGCCUUUUGCUCUCUGCUCUCAUUGUAAAUAUUGUACAUAAAUUUUCCUUUGUACAUCUCACGUUUUGUAUCUGUGACUUUUUCAAUGAAUAUGAACGUCUGUGAUUCACGAUUCUCUUGAUUCAACACAAAAUAUAGACUGAUGUGCGUGUGUGUGUAUCGAAACAGUAUUCCCUAAUGGUCCUGGCCUCUUUCAGCAGGAUAAUGCUCCCUUCUGUACUGCAAAAAUUGUUGGCUUGGCCUACAAUCCCCCAGAUGUCCAUUCGAUUGAACAUCUGUAGGAAGUGCUGGACAAACAAGUCUGAUUCAUGGAGGCCCCACCUCACAGCUUACAGGACUUAAAGGAUCUGCUGCUAGAGCACACUUGUGGAGUCCAUGUCUCUUUGUAUCAGUACUGUUUUUAAGGGUAUGUGUAUAAAUCCUCCCAGCAUUCAGUACGAUCAGCUAAGUAAAGGUUAUGAAGUACAACGGUAAGCCAUCAUGUAGUAGAGAAACAGACUCCGGCUACCAGUACAUCAAACAAUAAGUGUCCUGUCCUAGAGGGUCAGUUAUGUGGGUAAAAGGUGGCUUAAUGUGCGCUAAGAGGAUUGCUUCAUAACUUUAUUAGAAGAAUGAACAAAAGCUUACCUUAAAAUGGCUUUAAAUAUCUCGUAGAUCACUGGAAUAGUCUGUUCUGUGAUCAUGAUAAAUGAUCUUGCUGAUUAACUGUAGGUUUACUCAUUUGACAGCAGUGAUGAUAUUAUUGUCUGUUGCAGCUGGAUGAUGAAUCACGACAUGGACUUGUGUUUCGUCUUGUCUUUUUCCAUCAGUCUGUAACAUUAACACUGAAAGCUUUUAUUGAUUCUGAGGGUUGGAGGCUAAUUCACUGGCUAUGGUAUCAGACACACCCACCAGUUAGUUUGCAGAUGAAGAGUGUGUGGAAGAAUGUAGCUCUAAUGUUACGAUGUCCAAUUUAUGUCCAUGACCACUUUAAGACCUCCAUUGUAAUUUGAGAGAUUCCAUUUGUUUAAUCUGUUCGGUUGGAAUAAAAACCUACACCCGGCCCUGUCCGGAUAUGACUGGACACCUCUGGUCUUGAUGCUCAUUUUGAAUGGUUUUACUGCUAUAAAGCUUAAUACCUGCCCCAGUGGCCCUUUAUUAACAAUUGGUCCCAUGUUUGACCACUAGCUUAUAUGUAUCACCAUUUUUUAACCAUUAGUCACUCAAAAGAUUUUUUAGAAAUGAAAAUGUAAAUGAGGAUUUUAUAAAAACGAACAUUUAUUGAAUAGUGAUGUCUAUUGUACAUGGUGAGGCUCUGCUCAACAUUCCCCAAUGAAAGAAGCACUAAUACUGUGUACAUCUGAUACACUAAUACCAUCCCAACAUAUACUAUAUUGCCAAAAGUGUUAGGAAACCCCUAGAAAUCAUUGAACUCGGGUGUUGUUUUUCAGCCGUUGGGCUCGGCCCCUUAGUUCCAGUGAGAGGAUUAAUUCCUCUUAAUGCUUCAGUAUACCGAGACAUUUUGGACAAUUACAUGCUACCAACUUUGUGGGAACAGUUUGGGGAUGAUCCCUUCCUGUUCCAACAUGACUGCACACCAGUGCACAAAGCAAGGGCCAAAAAAACAUGGAUGAGCGAGUUUGGUGUGGAGGAACUUGACUGACCUCAACCUGAUAGAACACCUUUGGGAUGAAUUAAAGCGGAGACUGUGAGCCAGACCUUCUCGUCCAACAUCAGUGCCUGACCUCACAAAUGCGCUUCUAGAGGAAUUCCCCUAAACAAACUCCUAAUCCUUGUGGAAAGUCUUCCCAGAAGAGCUGUUAUAGCUGUAAAGAGCAGGACAACUCCAUAUUACGUUCAUGUGCAUGUAAAGGCAGAUGUCCCAAAACUUUUGGCAAAUAUAGUGUAUAGCUGCUAUACUGGUCCUGUUCUGGUCUGUUUUCAUUACAGAGGAGAGAAAUUUGUUUCAUAUUUGCAUAUGUUUGGCUGACUUACAGACAUGGGUUGUAUUCGUUAUUAAAAACAUCUAUGUGCUAGCACAAAUAGGUCAGGGAUUAAGAAUAUUUCUUUUUUUAUAAUAGUGCUCAUUAAAGUGCUUAAUAAAAGGCGGGUAUUUGUUCUUUAUGUAACGUUGACGCAAUUUGCAGUAAGUAAUGUAAUUACUAGGCCACGUGUUUGUCACAACAACAUGAAAGAAACAGCGUAGUAAUGGUUUAUGCUUGGGAUUAGCAGGGUUUAUGCUAAUCUCCACCGACCUCAAGGUUAACCUUCAAGUAACUAGAAAUUCCGCUGUGUUAGGGUUGGUAAUGAUAAACUGUAUGCUAGAAAUACACCUAGCUAAGGAUCCUAUCAGUAAAAAACUUCAUCAUUAAGGCCUAGGCUAAACAUUUAUAGCAGUUCGUAAAGUGAUUCAUGGAAAUGAAAUAAUGCACUUAAGUCUAUAUGUAGUACAAUUUAGCUACUCUUUUAUCGAAUGGCACC